CCUCACCUCAUCAACAACGCUCCUUCAACGCCAUGUUCACUCCCGCCAUGUAACAUCAGCACCAUAGCUCUAAUAUCUAAUAGAUCAUACCGAUGCCUAUCCUCACUUUACACGGAAUAUCUCAUCGACCGCCGCGAUGCACAUCCCCCUUUUCAGGAUAUGGUACUCGACGACGUACACAACGCUCCUUAUCAUACUUCUGAUCUUGCUGUGUGUGUCGCCUGGCGACAUAAUAUACCAGACUAUCAAGACCAAUGAGAUCCCGAAGCUCUUUGUUAUUGGCGGAGUCUAUCUGCUCACGGCGAUAAUCAUAAUACUCAUCUACUCGACCCGCGUCUACACGAAUCGCAGCGUCCUGCAGGCAAUACCGAAGCCAUACUUGCCGGUGGAGGAAGGCGAAGUGGGAAAAAUGGUUCGCAGGAUGAUCGUAAAACAACUCAGGCGGAGUGCGAUCGUGGCAUGGGACUCGCGACCGAGGGACAUUAGGGGUGAAGCUGAUGCGGGCGAGGACACAGACGAGGAGCAGGAUGAGGGCAGACCAGUCACAUCAGAGAGGGAGAAGGAGAAAGAAAAGGCUAAGAAGCGUAAGAGUGGUCAUGGUGUAUGCGAUGCCACGAUUCUUCAUAUCAACGCAAAGUCGCCGCCAUGGGGGCACAUCUCUAAUCCAGGUUGGGCCUCACCAGCGUCUCCUGACCUGCCGAAUCUGCAGUACUGGAGCGUCAUAUGCGAGCUGCCCAACCUUAUUGAAGCAAAGGCAGUCUCUCUUGCGCCACCCGAUCCAAACGUCGAGACAGGCUCUGUUCGUUUCCCACACGAGACGCCCCUGCUCCCCGAUGCGCAAAUUGUCACACUACUCCAGCGCCCACGAGCAAUGGGUCUGCGAUCUUACCUCUCCCGUCUAUCUGAGCUGGGUCUCCUCAAUCCACCCACACUCGGUCCGGUCUUCCUCGCACAGUACGAACACGCUCGCUUCUCGACUGAAUGUCUGACCGAGACUCAGUUCGAAGACAUAAUGUCCGUAUUCGCCGACAUUCUCAACGGUAUGACAGAGCUCGAUCCAGAUGUGGUGGAAGACCUGCGUGCGCAGAGCAUAUACAGCGACACACGCAGCCUCGCACCCACGCAAUCGUCGAGCUCAGGAAGAUCCAUAUCCAGCAGCAGCAGCUCUUCGCACUCACUACCGCUGUACCGUACUCCUAAGCUCGCGCAUCAGCCCUCCUCGUCUUCCUUCUCCAGCGGUCGUAGCGGUAGCAGUGGCGCCAGCCCACACUCGCCGCAAACACUCCGCACUGCGCCUUCGCGCCAGGCGCAACGAAGCUCUGGUAUCUACGGCACGCCACGUACAACAUCAAUGGUGUCUUUUCAGACUCUGUCCGAUAGAGGAUCGGUGUUGAUAAGAGAGCCUCGGCGCAGCCCAAGCACGCUGUUGCCAAACUCGUCCACGAGCUCGCUGGGAUCGGGGAGGAGCGUGAUCAGGCUGCAUCCGAAUCCAAGUGAGGGUGAAUUGCCGUACCAGUACGAUAUACAGGCAGGCUGAAAGAGACGAUGGGCUGAGGCACAUACCAACUACAACACGCCACUAAGUCGUCGUGUCGCAAUCGCCAUGGCCGAUGCAUAGGAUGAGCGAAUCUUCGGCAUCGGGAUCGGCAUCGAAGCCCUUGCAAGAAAAGCAUAGU